CCCUAGCCAUAGAAGAGAAACGUGCCUUACCCAAUAACACACACCUCUGAUCUCUUACGGUCCGCCGGAGAUUGAUCGAUCGAUCGAUCGGUCGACCACCGUCGCGGAAGUUUCUGGAAUCUUCUGGAAGGCUGUACGCCCUUUGGGAUUCCGGCGGAAUGCAGGACUUCCGUCCCUUUUCCGGCCGCGUCUUCGGCGGUGGCGGAUGGCCGGCGGCGCAGCACCAGCAGCAACCGGCGAAGUGCCCCCGUUGCGAGUCGACCAACACCAAGUUCUGCUACUACAAUAACUACAACCUCGCGCAGCCCCGGCACUUCUGCAAGGCCUGCCGCCGGUACUGGACCAAGGGCGGCGUCCUCCGUAACGUCCCUGUCGGCGGCGGAUGCCGCAAGUCCAAGCGCCCAUCCUCCUCCUCCUCCUCCAAAGCCACCUCGCAGCCUUCCGCUAACGCCGACGCCCCAUCCGACAGCCCCCGGCAUCGCCGCCCCCGCCUUCUUUCCUUCUCCUCCGAUUCGAUAACCGACAUCUCCGCGGCGGUCGCCACUCCCUCCUCCGUCCCCAUCUGCGAUCCGACUCCCCCCGACCCUCCCUCGGAGCCCUUGGCCCCUCCUUUUUGCCCGGCGCCCGAAAUCUUUCCGGAUCCGCCGCCGACGGGGCUCGGCUUCUCCGAUCCGCCGCGGGCCAAAGCGAAGGCCGCACCGUCCGUGGAUCAGGCUGUGCCAGCGGAUCCGACGCCCCGAGGCGGCGGCACGGUGGCCUGGGCGGGCGGCGGUUUGGAUCCCCAACUCUUCGAUCUCGCCAGCGCUGUCGAUCCCUCGGCGUACUGGAAUCAGAGCCAUUGGAUGGACGCCGACCACCCUCUAUAUCUCCCUUAGCGCGCAAUCCAACCGUCCAACGACUUAACGGCUACCACUUGAAGGUAUUAUCUUUUCCAUGGCUCGUGGAUACCAGUAAUCGCGAUUUACGCUUUGAUUAGCGGAGUGUUAUGCAUCGUAAGCUAGUUUAAAAAGUGGUUAGGGUUUGAGUCGGAAGAGAUCCCAGGGACAGGCUUGAUUUGCGCAAACCGCCCCAUUAAUACCUAUUAAUGGCGGACGGCGACUCGCCAAGUCGAACGCGGAGGAUGGUGGCCUGCCCCGUCGGCGUCGGAACGGACGGCGGGCAUUGAUGGGCCUGCUCCAAGUGCUGCAACAAGCUUAAUUUAAUGGAUUCGGAUCAACUUAAUGCAAUGCUUACGUGGUUUGGUUUGUAAUCCUCGAUAAAUAUUGAUAUUUCUGAUACCAUAUGUAAGGCGUGCUUGCUUGCAUAGAUCAUCAAUAUAUCCUACUUUAUGAACAACUAGUGAUAAUUUAUAGUUACUUACCGUGGUCAGCUCUUCGACACACUCAUGCAGGCAUGGCUGUCCGUCAUAUGAAGGCUGCAAUCUUUCAUGGGCAGCGCCAAAAUGAUCAGUUUGGUUGCGGCGGCUUCUCUAUAGUUUCAAAUCUCAAGUCGAGGAAGACAUGUUUAGCUCCGUCAUGGUCGUUCAGCAAUUGGAGUGUGACUCUGAGUUCUUCAUCAUCCUCGGAAAUGUUGGAAUUGCUGGCCUUCUUCUGUGUUUUUUCCCCCAUAGAAAUGUUGUCUUAGCAUUGAUAGAUCUUGCGCCGUGUAAACUUGGUUGCAACUAGUAUCAACUUGCGUGAACAAUACCGUUCUCUUUCC